CCUCGGAGGACUUUAUGAAGACCAGCCACGUUGUCAACACACCUGUACAGACCAUGCACAUCAUGGGGGACCUGGGACCACCAGGCAAGCAAGCCUGGGAAAGAACUGAAAAAAUGCACUAAAGAGUCAAGACAGACACCAGAAAGAGGCCCAAGAAGACUUGUCCGCAGGAUCAGAGGACAGCAAGGGAUGUUCAGAACUCACUCAGUCCGGUAAGUUGGUGAGGGUACACUUUGAGACUGCUUACCUGACACGGAGGAAGUAUUUUAUUUUUAUCUCCUCUCCCUUACCUUCCCUAUGCCCCCCUCCCCUAUUGUGUUGGACCAUCAUGUGUUUUAAUCUUUUCUUUGUUUGCGAUUAGGUUUGGAGAAUGACUUCUCAACCCAAGAGGCCUAAGAGCAGCUGUGAGAGAGCAUCAGUUUGGGAAAAUGUAAAGUGCUAAAGAAGGGUCCCGGCAAAGAGGAUUGCCUGUUAUGGGUCAGAGCCAGCUCUCAAAAACAGAACAUGGAAAGAAAUAAAAUCCUGGUGCACAACAAAAUGCAGACAGACAAGGCUCUCCGCAGCCAGUAAAAAGCUAGCAUGCCACGAAGCUGAAGUUCACACAGGGGAAUGGGAGAGUUGUAAAAGACAAAAAGCUUUUUAGACAUAGCUCUAAAAUGCAGGUCCUAGUUGAGCCCGUGAGCUAGUUCUGCUCUUUUUUGUGUUUUUUUGUUUUGUGGUGGAAAACUUAGUGUGUCGAGCAUAACACGUCAACCCUGUUACCAAUAGAUAAAAAGGCUAGACAUUUUUUAGCAAUUUCAUUUUUUGUCUGAAACUUCCAAUUCAAAAGCUUCCAAUCCCCUUGUCACAAGGGAUUUAUGCAUGAUUUAUAAUGAAAGCCUGCCUCCCGAGUGGCGCAGUGGUUUUAGGCACUGCAUCACAGUUGCUAGCUGUGCCGCUAUAGAUCCUGGUUAGAGUCCAGGCUCUGUCGCAGCCGGCUGCGAACCGGAGACCCAUGGGUUGGCGCACAAUUGUCCCAGCGUCGUCCUGGUUAGGGGAGGCAUUGUGUCAGGAAGCAGUGCAGCUUGGCAGGGUCGUGUUUCGGAGGACGCUCAUGUUCCACCAACCAAAGGACAUCCAGCCAACUUGACAACUGUGGGAGGCAUUGGCUUCAACAUGGGCUUUCAACACCUUGUAGAAUCCAUGCCCUGAUAAAUUGAGGCUGUUCUGAGGACAAAAGGGGGUGGGGGGGCUAACUAAAUAUUAGGAAGGUGUCCUUAUUAUUUUGUACACUCAGUGUAUAACCUAUAGGCUACACUGCGCAGUUAGGGGCCGUCUGUAAAGGUACUAUCUUUACCAGCAUCAUAAAAGCUGAUAUUAUCUCAUGGGCCUAUUGCAACGACGAAUGGCCACUAGAAUAUUGCCAGUUUAUAUUCAUAACUAAAAGUUCACCUAAUUUUACCUUCUGUUAUAAAGACCAUAUUCAAAUGAAUAAAAACGAAAAUAAAAAGAGAUAAAGAGAUAAAAUUGCACUGAGACUGCACUUGUGAAGGUGGUAAAUGACCUUUUAAUGGCGUCAGACCGAGGCUCUGCAUCUGUCCUCGUGCUACUAGACCUUAGUGCUGCCUUUGAUACCAUUGAUCACCACAUUCUUUUGGAGAGAUUGGAAACCCAAAUUGGUCUACACGGACAAGUUCUGGCCUGGUUUAGACCUUGUCUGUCGGAAAGAUAUCAGUUUGUCUCUGUGAAUGGUUUGUCCUCUGACAAAUCAACUGUACAUUUCGGUGUUCCUCAAGGUUCCGUUUUAGGACCACUAUUGUUUUCACUAUAUAUUUUACCUCUUGGGGAUGUCAUUCGAAACAUGAUGUUAACUUUCACUGCUAUCCGCAUGACACACAGCUGUACAUUUCAAUGAAACAUGGUGAAGCCCCAAAAUUGCCCUCGCUAGAAGCUUGUGUUUCAGACAUAAGGAAGUGGAUGGCUGAAAACUUUCUACUUUUAAACUCGGACAAAACAGAGAUGCUUGUUCUAGGUCCCAAGAAACAAAGAGAUCUUCUGAUGAAUCUGACAAUUAAUCUUGAUGGUUGUAUAGUCGUCUCAAAUAAAACUGUGAAGGACCUUGGUGUUACUCUGGACCCUGAUCUCUCUUUUGACGAAAAUAUCAAGACUGUUUCAAGGACAGCUUUUUUCCAUCUACGUAACAUUGCAAAAAUCAGAAAUUUACUGUCCAAAAACGAUGCAGAAAAGUGAAUCCAUGCUUUUGUUACUUCUAGGUUGGACUACUGCAAUGCUCUACUUUCCGGCUACCCGGAUAAAGCACUAAAUAAACAUCAGUUAGUGCUAAAUACAGCUGCUAGAAUCCUGACUAGAACCAAGAAAUAUGAUCAUAUUACUCCAGUGCUAGCCUCCCUACACUGGCUUCCUGUUAAGGCAAGGGCUGAUUUCAAGGUUUUACUGUUAACCUACAAAGCGUUACAUGGGCUUGCUCCUACCUAUCUUUCCGAGUUGGUCCUGCCGUACAUACCUACACAUACGCUACGGUCAUAAGACGCAGGCCUCGUAGAAUUUCUAAGCAAACAGCUGGAGGCAGGGCUUUCUCCUAUAGAUCUCCAUUUUUAUGGAAUGGUCUGCCUACCCAUGUGAGAGACGCAGACUCAGUCUCAACCAUUAAGUCUUUACUGAAGACUCAUCUCUUUAGUAGGUCAUAUGAUUGAGUGUAGUCUGGCCCAGGAGUGUGAAGGUGAACGGAAAGGCUCUGAAGCAACGAACCGCCCUUGCUGUCUCUGCCUGGCCGGUUCCCCUCUCUCCACUGGGAUUCUCUGCCUCUAACCCUAUUACAGGGGCUGAGUCACUGGCUUACUGGUGCUCUUUCAUGCCGUCCCUAGGAGGGGUGCGCCACUUGAGUGGGUUGAGUUACUGACGUGAUCUUCCUGUCUGGGUUGGCGCCCCCCCCUUGGUUUGUGCUGUGGUGGAGAUCUUUGUGGGCUAUACUCGGCCUUGUCUCAGGAUUGUAAGUUGGUGGUUGAAGAUAUCCCUCUAGUGGUGUGGGGGCUGUGCUUUGGCAAAGUGGGUGGGGUUAUAUCCUUCCUGUUUGGCCCUGUCCGGGGGUUUCAUCGGAUUGGGCCACAGUGUCUCCUGACCCCUCCUGUCUCAGCCUCCAGUAUUUAUGCUGCAGUAGUUUGUGUCGGGGGGCUAGGGUCAGUUUGUUAUGUGUGGAGUACUUCUCCUGUCUUAUCCGGUGUCCUGUGUGAAUUUUAAGUAUGCUCUCUCUAAUUCUCUCUUUCUCUCUUUCUUUCUCUCUCUCGGAGGACCUGAGCCCUAGGACCAUUGCUCAGGACGACCUGGCAUGAUGACUCCUUGCUGUCCCCAGUCCACCUGGCCAUGCUGCUGCUCCAGCUUCAACUGUUCUGCCUGCGGCUAUGGAACCCUGACCUGUUCACCGGACAUGCUACCUGUCCCAGACCUGCUGUUUUCAACUCUCUAGAGACCACGGGAGCGGUAGAGAUACUCUUAAUGAUCGGCUAUGAAAAGUCAACUGACAUUUACUACUGAGGUGCUGACUUGCUGCACCCUCGACAACUACUGUGAUUAUUAUUAUUUGACCAUGCUGGUCAUUUAUGAACAUUUGAACUUCUUGGCCAUGUUCUGUUAUAAUCUCCACCCGGCACAGCCAGAAGAGGACUGGCCACCCCUCAUAGCCUGGUUCCUCUCUAGGUUUCUUCCUAGGUUUUGGCCUUUCUAGGGAGUUUUUCCUAGCCACCGUGCUUCUACACCUGCAUUGCUUGCUGUUUGGGGUUUUAGGCUGGGUUUCUGUACAGCACUUUGAGAUAUCAGCUGAUGUAAGGGCUAUAUAAAUAAAUUUGAUUUUGAUUUAAGUAAGCAUUUCACUGGGUCUACACCUGUUGUAUUCCGUGUACGUGACAAAUAAACUUACAAAAAAUAAACAAAAACAGAGGUGAUUAUGAUAAGAAAUAUUGCGUCAGGACAUCUAUCAUGCUGUGAAGUUCCUUCUUGUAUAUUAACUAAUUUCAAAUGUAAGGUAUUGAAAGCAUUCUAUUUUUGCUGUCUGUAAAUGUAUUUACAAAAUUCAACGUGGCUGCCUAUUCAGAUAUUCUAGGAAGGUUGUGUAAAUACAUAGAGUAAGAUUAGAGUAAAAUAUACAUACUUGUAGCACAUUCAUAUUGUACCAUGUAUUGUGCAAUUCGUACAUUUAAAUUGCAGUAACUAUUCAGUCAUUGUGCCUUGUUUUUCAUCGGUUCAUUAAAGAAUAGGUAUUUUAUUAAGUCGUGGUAAACUGUAAAAAUGGUGUUCCUUUGAACUUUUCUCUUGCAUUACUGAUAUCGAAUAACGUGUUCCAUCAUGAUCUGUUACAUGACUCUUACCACUUGAUCCAGUUGUUUAUGCAAAAUAGCUAUUUCUAUAUAAACAGUAUAACUUGAAAACAUGCAUUUGUAAAGAAAUAAUAAUCAUUGAUUUGCUAUACUUAGUCUUGGUUGAAAUUUAUGGCUUCUCUUUACUGUGCACAACGACCAAUUUAUUAUUUACUUAUUUUUUGUAUUUUUAUCAAUUUUUUCAAUUGGUAGUUACAGUCUUGUCCCAUCGCUGCAACUCCCCUAUGGACUUGGGAGAAGCGAAGGUCAAGAGCCAUGCAUCCUCCGAAACAGGACCCUGCAAAGAUGCACUGCUUCUUGACACACUGCUCGCUUAACCCGGAAGCCGCACCAAUGUGUUGGAGGAAACACCAUCCAUCUGGUGACCAAAGUCAGCGGGGCCAUUUGUGCGCCGCCUCAUGGGACUCCCGGUCACGGCCGGCUGUGACACAGCCUGAGAUCGAACCCGGGUCUGUAGUGACACCUCAAGCACUGCGAUGCAGUGCUUUAGACCGCUGCGCCACUCAGGAGGCCCAACUACCUCAUUUUCUAAAGAUUACAUUAUAAUCUGCCCUUGUAGCCCACACUCUUGAUAACCUCAACCACUGCUUCCUGCUCCAGAAUUUACAAUAAUGUUGAAUGAUGCAUUGCCCAACAAACUGCAUGUAAUGGAUUUAAUUUACUGGUGAGUGGAUGCUAUUUCAUUUCAUUUCUGUAAGUAGUUAAGGAAAGAAAAACGGAAUACAUCAGUGUCUACCAUAUGUGUAGAACAACACAAAGUACAAGCCAAAAGGAGUGGUCUUACAAUCAACUGACAAUCAAAACCUUGCAUUGAUUUGACCCUAAACAUUCAGAGUGAUUGACUCUUCAAACCAAAAUCAUCAGUGAAGAAACCGUGUACCUUUUAAGUUCUGCCUCAAACCCCAUGUCCAAGUAUAUUACAUUUCAACAUAUAACAAAUGAGAGAGCUCUGUCAUUCAAUGAGUUUUCUAUGUCAUCAAUCUGUCAAUGAAGACACAGGUGCCCCUGGGUGAACCAUCACAGACUCGGGCAUGUUUGCUGUGAAACUCUGGGGGGCACUGACAGACAGACUGGAGAGAAUGUAGAUGUUGAGCCACUGGAGCCCAGUGACUGCUGGUUUGAGAGGCAGAUGUCUGCCAAUGACUGUGUCCGUGACCUUGACUGUGGCUGCAGCUGUGUUCAUGUUUGUGACUUUACCCAAAGCUAUGCUUGAGGGCAUAUCCAUGGUUGUGAACAUAAUAACCUGAGUACUGAACAGGGCUCUCCUGUGUAUAGUAGGAGUGGGCCCAGCCUUCAAAUGUCUUUGGCGUGGUCUCGGUAGCCUGUAGGUUGGAGGAAACUGGAGCGUAGGCUUGGACUGGGUAGAAAUGAUUCUGCAACCAAUGAGAAUGUGGAGAGAUUACAAAGAGUUUAUCUAACUAAACAGUGAUUCUCUAUCUAAUCAUGGGGGACCGCAAGGUGCCUAUUGUACAGUAUUCAAUUACAGCUGAGGAUCAUCUAUUGAAACUGCUCAUUAUACUGUAGUACAUCAUGUACUCUGGCUUGCACCCAGCAACCUUGUUAAUUAAUGACCUCUCGUCUUGUAGGAUAAAUGAUGUGUCUAGUGCUUUCUCAGUACUCAGUGUGGGUGGACCAUCUUCCUUCUCUUGCUCUUCUCUCUAUUGAUGCAGGGUCAUACAGGGCAUCAAUGUUCAGGGGUGCAACUUUCACUGGUGAUGGGGGGACAUGUCCACCUCCUGAAAUUACACUUUUGUCCCCUCCAGUUUCAUCAUUGAAUUGUGAUACAAAACAAGGCAACGGUGUGCUUUAGGGCCAUGAGGACACCCCCCGAGUGGUUGGGUAGGCUGUUUGGAGUGUUUAUCCCACUUGAUAAAAAAAUAUAUACAUACCCCCCACAUUCCGAAAUUGCAUUUGUGUCCCCCCCAGAUUUAUAAUUGAAAGGUGAUACAAAACGAGGCAAAAGUGUGCUUUAGGGCCAUGAGGACGCGGUUGGGUAGGCUGUUUGGAGUAUUUAUCCGACCGGAUGAAAAAAAGAACACUUCUAAAACCAAAGCUGUCCCUCAGCAGCCUGAAAGGCAUCUUCUUGUCCAGCACUGAUGCUCUAGCAUCAGACAUGUCUAGAAGUAGGUGCCAGCCCUUUCAAUAUGUUUCACCAGAGCAAGAUAAGGAGAAAGUGUGACACAGUGAUGGUAGAGUUUCCUAACCAAACAUCCCAUUAUGUUCAGCAUGAGGACUCAAGACACAUUUCAAGCAUAUUAUUUAUUUUUAUUUAACCUUUAUUUAACUAGGCAAGUCAGUUAAGAACAAAUUCUUAUUUACAAUGACGGCCUGCCCUGGCCAAACCCGGACAGCGCUGGGCCAAUUGUGCACCGCCCUAUGGGAUUCACAAUCACGACCGAAUGUAAUACAGCUUGGAUUCGAACCAUGGACUGUAAACUGAGAUGCAGUGCCUUAGACCACAGAGCAGCACAUAAACAUAUUACCACUUAACUACACUACUAAACACACUUAAAGAUGUGACAUACUGCAGUGUAUCACAGUUAUUUUCAACCACAAUAAGGUUGGAGUAAGGAUAGAGAUCCCCCCCUGCGAUGAUUGGGUUGCAGAGGAAGACAGUGUGUGGGACCAAAAGUGUUAUGAUGACCAGAAACAGCCAUUUCAGGCCUAACAUGGGUACACUGACCCCAAAAAGAAAGCCCUUAACCAUAACUGAGUACACUGUGGCCAUAUCCAUUUGGGAGAGGGAUACAGGAACUAACCCCUCCACUUGAUUCUGGGCAGAUGCACCAAACAGUACCAGCCCUGGGAUUGUGUACAACACCCCUGUGCUGAUAGAGAGCAACUGAAACAUGAGGACCCAAACAGUGUCCACACUAAAAUCAAUCCCACCACAGAGGAGCACCAGAACCCCAAUGCCGAGGAGUAGCUGGGUCACUGUCUUGUGGUGGAAGGAGUAUGUGAUGAGUUUGUGUACCACAAAGGAAGAGGAGAGGAUUAAAACUGAAAUAAACGGGGUGACAGACAUCCGCGGCAUUGAUGUGUUGUGCUCUAGCUUGCUGCUGUAGCCUACUGGCACCAUCUGUUACAUCAUUAACGUUAGCUACAAGUUGUAGCAAGCUAGAUAACGUUACAACAGUCCCAUUCAAAUUAGCUAGCUACAGAGCAUAUGAUUCUUAAAUCACUCAGUCCCUCCUUGCUAACGUACAAUGCCCAUUGGCAAAAACUGUAGUUCCAAGACUUUAGAUAUCCUCUGAUAAACCGAAAUAUGUAGUGACAGUAAACAAAACAAAUGAUAGUGUAACGACCCUGGGUUUAUGAGCGCGGAUAUCGACUCUGCCGUUCGAGCAUGCUUUUGCGGCAGUCGAUAGCGCGCCGGACCUCGGGCUAGAAGGUCGAGGUUUCGAGACCUGCUCCCUGCUGUUUCAUUACAAUACUAUAAUGACAGCAACAAUGACACUUGUUAGCCUGAACUCAGGAGUAAAACUCUUGAACCUCGGGUGAUCAUUUUGAUGCUCAGUGUAUACUUGUCAAACUACUAGAGGAUAAUCAAGCACAAUACAAAAUGUCAGUUACGACACUUUCCUUCAAUAUUGCACAAGACUUGAGUAGCUAGCUUGCUAAACCAAAACAAAAGUACUGGACUUCCGCAUUUGGAUUACUCACUUUCACAACCACAAAGUUACUGUUGCGCAGAUCAUGAAGUGCGCUAAGGCAGUGCUACAUUUAAAGACAUUUCCACCUGCUGGCUUGUGCCUGAAAUGUGAUGAACAAAGAGUCCUCAACAGCUCAUUUGAGUUAGAUAGAAAGCUAGAUAGAUAUAUUUGAUUUGACAGUUUAAUAAAAUAAUAAAAACCGUUUAAUUAAAUAAAACAUGUCAGACCAGGGACAACACAAUAAAGUAAACGGCUUCCAUUGUGGUCCCUUAAUGUUACUCAAAGUAAAACAAUAAUACAAAUAUAUUUGGCAAGGAAUGGUUUCUUCAUAUUGAUAUCAUGUUGGCCUAUCUAUGUAAAACGUCCAACCAACCAUCGAUACAACCAUUACUCAGUCAGUAGGUUAUAAUAAACACAUCACGUUCGUUAUUGAGCUACAACCAGUGAGAAGAUGAUACCACCAGUCCGGCUCCAAACAGGCCUUUUUCUUGUGACGUAUUAUGCGCAGUCAUAAAGCUGUGACCUAAAAUGACGUCACCAUGCAUUCAUUCACUACAUAAACUGUUCAGAUUUGAUUUAAUCUGUACAAUAGUUUUCUUCACUCGGGUUGUUGCAGGUAAUCUUUGGCCUUUUGGGGCACCUCCUUCCCAACAUAAAUAUACAUAUAUAGGGAAUAGGGUGCCAUUUGGAAUGCCAUCUUUGUGUGUGUCUGUGUGUGAGUCAGGAUGUGUUUUGUGUCAAUUCAUUGAUGGAAAUGUUUCCCUCAGAAAGAAAGAUGGAUCGUAAUGAUGAGAGAAUAAAAAGAGCUUUAAGACGCCGCCCUUAUGUGUUGAAACCAGUGAGGGUGAACACCCCUGAUUCCGUAUUGUGGCCAACCGGCAAGGUGCACAGAAGGCCAAAGCCUUCUACUUCAGUGCAGACCCCUCAGAUCCACAAAAGGCCUCCAAUCAUUGUGAGCUAUGGGCAGGACCAAACAUCUGGGGAUGGAUGGAGCGUCAAUCCAGAGCCUCUCAGCCAGUCUGGAAGGGUGACUCGGCUGAUAGAGAGAAAAAAUGAUGACGUGAUCUCAUCCUCCAGUUCUGAUGACUUUUCAAUCUACUCCUUCACUGACUGUGAAUCGGAGUGUGAUGAUGAGGAUCAUGAAAGGAGGACACCGCUGCUGAAAGUUGAGGAUGGAAAGGUGACAAAGCUUGACGUGAGGGAUGUGUACGAGGAUGAUGAUCUGUCUCUCCACUCCUUCGAUGAGUCAGACUUCCUGAGCCCAGGGAAGGUCUCAGGUCCUGUAUCUGUCAAGAAUGGCCUCUCUCCUCUUGUGACCUCAGCACACCGGACCCUGGCUGAAGCACUAUGCGCCCUGCCCUCUACUGUAGGCUCUCCCUACCCAGUAAAUGUCCCAAGGCCUCUGACUCUUCUCAGCCCUGUCAUUAUCGCUCCGCUCCGACCAGAGAACUUCCCAUACCGCCACAGCCCUCGCCUGGCUCCCAUCACCAACCUGAGCGAGACCGGCAGGAAGCUGCUCCAGGAAAUGGCUGGAGUGGCCACACAGGUUUCUUCAGUGGCUGCUGCCCAAACUGAGAUGUUCAAAGAAAUAAUGGCCAACUAUUACUUCUACCACACACACACGCACGCACGCACGCACGCACGCACGCACGCACGCACGCACGCACGCACGCACACACACACACACACACACACACACACACACACACACACACACACACACACACACACACACACACACACACACACACACAGAUUUUGAGUAUUGGUUAUUCCUACAACACACACAAAUGUAAUUUCAGAGACAGGAACUAUGAUUAGCAAUAUACAUAUAUUGGUCUCAUUCUUAUAGUUUGAGACAUGCAGCAUUAUUAACACAAAAAAAUAUAUUGAUCCCCAUACAGCCUAUGAUAAUGAGUUGGAUGUACAUGUUUAGGCUUGGAAAUAUAGCCAGGAGAAGCAGAGUCAACACCUCUACUCGUGCCAUAAGUGCAUGACAUCUUUAGUAACCACAGAGAGAUAAGACCUUUGUCUCCACAGUCUCAUCCAAAGGACAGCACUAACCUUGGGGUAGUGUCACUGGUAUUGGGGUCUUAGGUCUCCUAUGGCCAAAGGGAAGAGAAGAGGGCCCCUUACUGGUCCCCUUGCAAUAUCCGGUCUCCCACACAGAGAUGGAAAUCUACACCUGUUUAGACCCUGGAGGAUAUGGCUUCAGAUGAAAGACAGCAGAGAGAUGCAGAACGUAAAAGCUUCAAACACAUUGAUAUGCAAAUUCAGAACCAUUGUACACUGAAGUGGAGCAUGCAUCUGGUCUGAAGCAUGUCAAAAGAGUGCAAAUGAACUGGAACUGGAGGACUGCAUCACAUUUCAACUAAAU